UCCGGGGAACGUGUGACCGGGCCAUCGUCCGUCCACCUUAGCGUGCGGAGGAGCACUUUGCAGGCUGGAAACUGGGAAGCUGGACUACCGCAAACCACACACCAGACAGACGCCAGACACCAUCGGCACCGAUCGACGACUGACGACCAACCACAACCACGACCGUCACUUCCUCCUCGCCGAAGAGCCGCAACAAAAAUUAUUCAUGACACCCAUGUUCGCCUUGUCCGACAUGACAUGAUUGGCCUCGCUCAACCAACACCGUCACCAGCCAUUUUCUGAUCCGUUUGACAACUCGCUUCACACCUGCUUCCUCGGCAUCGCCCAUUCUUUCAAUCGUUCUUCUUACGGCGCCCCUUGACCCUGUCCGCGCAGGUUCAAUUCGACGAACGCGCUUCCCCAUCUAAUCCUUCCGCCAUCCUCCUCCCCUCUCGACCGCCUCCUUCCGACGACACCGCGUCUACGACUUGGACUUUCAGAAUACCCCCACACCCACAGGAGAGAGAAUCUUGGGUACAAACCGCCUCGCUGUCGUUGUUUACCUCCCGCCAACCGUCGCUACCGUUGCGACCCGAAGCAUGCGCGGAGGGCUCUCGUGAUCAUGGCCCCAGCCCUGCAAACAACAGACCCUACGACCCAUCAAGCCGCCGAGCCGCAUCCAAACGAAGUCGUGUCACCCUACCACAAUGGAGCACAGGCUCAUUCCACGUCCACCGACAAUGUGAUCAGCCCUGAUUCCGAAGCAGACCCCUCGGCCAUUAUGCGCAAGCUUAUGAAGGGGAAGGACAAGGAAUGGGAUGCUGUUGUCUCCGUACGGUCGGCCAAGAAUAAGCUCACCUUGCUUGAGAUGCCCGUCGACAUCUUGAGGUUGAUUAUUAAGGAGAUCACCCACACGAACGAUCUCACCUCGCUCGCCCUGACAAACUCAAACCUCCAUAAUCUCGCGGUUCCUCACAUCUACUCCAGGUUCGACAUCGUCUGGCCCGAUGCCACACAGAUGACGGCGUCCGACUCUAAGAGCGUCGACGCCCUUACCUAUGGCCUCUCUACCAUCUGCCUCGGCAGCUCCUUUGCCCGCCGUACCCGCAAGAUGCUCUACCCAGGCUAUACACCCAGCUACAGCACCGCUGUUCGAAGACAGAAGAACGACUAUGCCAAGUACACGAGGAAGUUUUCGUUAGGCAACGGCCCGCACGACUGGGUGGCGGAAUACAUGAUUACAAAAGAGAGCGGCAAGAUGCUGGGCACGCUGGUGGCGCUGGCCAUCGAGAAGAUGGUCAACCUGGAGACUUUCGUUUGGGAUAUGCCGACUGGCGUUCUAUCCGACAUCUUCAUGGCGCUGGCCUCAAUCCCAGAGCAGUGUCCGGACGGCGAGUCGAAGCUCGAGAAGGUCUGGGUCAGAUGGCACGACAACUCAGAUGGUUCGAGCUCUUCGGCGGCGUCGAGUCCUCCUCCGCCGAACCCGCCUCACGCGACAGUGCCCGCCGGCAGCAACCUUACUGCGAUUGGUAUCCUGAUCCCCUCAGACGCCGUCCACCCGACACCGCGAGCUGCGAUACCCUAUGCCGAGUCCCGAGUCGAGUUCCCCACCUUCAGCGUGCUGCCUCCCCUCAAGAGUCUGACGGUCCUGGACAUUGACGAACUUGCCUAUCUGGAUGAGAUGGCGAUAGUCAUAGAGAGAUCCAAAGACACUUUGCAGGAGCUUCGCGUCGGCAUAUCCCCGAAGGCCAUCUACAAGGACUUCGUCCAGACCUGGGACGGACCCGACUUGCGGCAAAUCGACCGGGACGCCAGGUGGCCCGGCGAGAGCACCAUCGGUGAGAGAAGGCUUGGCGGAGUCUUGGGCGUUCUGGUCGGCCGGGUGUACGACAUCCGUCGGAAGACGACUUCAAGAUCCAGAGAAAAGGCCCCACCAUCAUUAUCCCAGACGGCACAGCAGACAGACACAGCCCCUGAUUCGGAUUCGACCGAGACCUCAAUCACUCUGGGAGACUCUGAGGAUGCUGGAGCGGACGACUCACAGGCGGAUCGUGCUAUCGAGCCACACCCCGGGCAGACCGCGGAUCACGCCACGGGAACAGGCCUUGCCUCAAACACAAAAGAGCAAGGCCACAUCCAACCAAUGGAAGCUGUGCAGCUCGAUAAAGAGCCUGCGACGGGUGAUAACAUUGGCAACGACGCGUCUUCCAAGUUAUUGCGAAAGAGGUUGGACGGCAAGCUCAAGCUACGGACACUCGAGCUUGAGAGGGUCCCUCUUUCGAUCCAAGUUUGUUGCCAGGCGAUCGACUGGACAGUCUUGACGACGCUGACUAUACUCGAAUGCGCCCAGCAUGAGCAUCUCUGGAAGGCCUUGCGGAGGCAGUUUGGGCCCACUCCGAUAACGAGACUCGGGUCUCAUCAUCAUCACCAAACCAGCCCUCACAAGCAGUCUAUGGAGUAUCAUCUCAGCCUCAAGAGCAUUCAUACCGACGUCACUUCGACGCCUCUGAUCAGCUUUCUCAGAGAUACCUUGGCGCCGAACAGCCUGGAGGUCCUCUUUCUGCAGGACCGGAGACGAGCGAGUGGCCCGCCAGCCGUGACUAUUGAGCAGAUCUUUAAGGGGGUCAUCAAAAAGCAUCGGUCGAGCUUGCAAAAGGUGCUUCUUGACAGCUCGGACAGGAAGCGUGGUGGCAGCAACGCGCCGACAGAUUCUUCCCGUUGGCGCAAUUGGGUGGUGCCAACGGAUAUGUUGCUCUACAUGACCAGCGGGCGCAUGACGAACCUCAGGGAGCUCGCCGUCUCCCUGUACUACAAAGAUUGGCAUACAUUUCUUCAGAGACUGCCAAACGCUCCACAACUCAGAUCACUCAAUCUACAACACAUCGCUGACCACAUACUCGGCAACUUCGAUGCGAGAGAGUUGGCCCUGCAGCUGGUGGACAUCAUAACCCUGCGCCCGGAGAUCCAGCUCUGCUACGUGGGUAUUUCCACUAAGUGUUUCGAAAUCUUGGAGAGCAAGCCAGUGGAGGAGAACGGCGCUUCGACGACCAGUAUCACGACCGAUCCCGCCGUAACAGGUCACGAUUCCGGGAUCGACGGCGAGGACGAGGAAGAGGAUGAAGAGGACGGCACGGACGAUGAGACGGCGAGCCAGGUGGAUGAGGAGACCUCCGAAGAGGAGGGGGAAGACGAUGAUACCCCGGCGAGUGCGGUGGACGCGGAGGACUCGCAGUCGGAGGCGUCCGCGGCUGCGCAGGACUCGGACGACGACGACGAUGACGACGACGACUCGAUGCGAGACGUGGACUGCAAUCACUCGCGGCCGCGUCUCCGGCUUCGCGAGAUUCUGUUUUACGACGACAAGGUGGCAAUCUUCAAGGCUAGGCACGGGAGACUGUGAAGGCCGGAGUAGUUAGGGGCGGGGCAAAGUGGACGAGGAGGAGUCUGGUCCUCGGCGAUAAAGGGCUGAUUUUGUCAGGGGCUGCCAGAAAGGAAACCAAGCCUGCAUGACGAAAGAGUGAAAUCUACAGCCAGUGCAAUGCGCGAGCUUGAAUACUGUGACAAAGGCCUUUUUUCCUUUCUCGUAUUUCACUCUUCUUCCAGAGCAUGUUUCUUGACAUACUGUAAAGUUUCAUUUCGGCUUUUCUUUUCCAGGGAUCGUCUCGUUCCUCUCUGUUUGCGUCUGACUGUCCUCAAUUGAUAUCCCUUUCUUCGUUGUAACCUCAUGAGGAGUGUCGUUUACUCACCACAACCGCUCGCCGCUCUCUCUCUCUCUGUCUCUGUCUCUGUCUCUCGCUCUCCCGUGUCCAAAGUCCCGU